AUGUCUUCUUCUUCCUUCAAACUCAAAUGCUUCCAAUGUUUUCUCAUGUGGCAUGUCUUGGUUGCAACAUCCAUUUUGUCAUCAUCAACAGAUCAUUCCUCAAUCGACAACUUUCUAGACAUUGCCAAGAGUCCUGAGGUUUUCGAUUGGAUGAUCAGUAUUAGAAGGAAGAUUCAUGAGAAUCCUGAAUUGGGUUAUCAAGAAUUUUAG